AUGUCCCGCCGGGGCCCCGCUCAGGACUCGGGCACCCCCCGGCGCAAGGCGGUGCAGGCCAUGGGGCCGCGGGCCGCGGCGGGGCAGGCGGAGGCCCAGCAGCUGCAGGAGCUGCGGAGCCGGACGGAGAGGGCCGAGCGGAGGCUGUUGGCCUGCGAGAACCUGGUCGGGGAGCUGGGCAGCAACCUGGCCACCCUGGGCAGCCUCCUGCAGGGCUACGGGCACCUCCAGCAGCGGCUGGACAACGUGGAGAACCUCCUGAAAAAUCGGAAUUUCUGGAUCCUGCGGCUGCCCCCCGGCUCCCGAGGCGAAGUCCCCAAGGUACCCGUCACGUUCGAUGACGUUUCAGUGUACUUCAACGAGCAGGAGUGGGAGAGACUGGACCGCUGGCAGAAGGACCUGUACAGGGCUGUGAUGAGGGGGAACUACGAGACGCUGAUCUCCCUGGACUACGCCGUGUCCAAGCCUGACAUCCUCUCCCGGAUCGAGAGGGGUGAAGAGCUCUGCAUCAAAGACGGCCAGGAGCCCCUGCUGACACGUAUCGGAGACGGUCAGGAGCCCCCGCAGACACCAGAAGAGACAGACCCGAUGGAAGAGGCUUUGGGAGAAGAUGAAGUCCCCAUGGAAGCUGACACAGAACACGCCGUGUCCAAGCCUGACGUCCCCUCCCGGAUCGAGAGGGGUGAAGAGCUCUGCAUCAAAGACGGCCAGGAGCCCCCACAGACAGGCGUCCGGGAUGGCCAGGAGCCCCCGCAGACACCAAAAGAGAUGGACCAGAAGGAAGAGGCUUUGGGAGAAGAUAAAGUCCCCAUGGAAGCUGGCACAGAACUCCCCAUCCUGGUGAUGAAUGUCAUGUCCCUGAGUGCGCAAAAAGAGGAGCAGCGCAGGAAACGUCAGCCUGAGACAGAGAUGGAAGAGGACCCAGCUGAGUCCAGUGCUGAGGAAGGCUUUUUAAUGGAAAAUGAAAUGGCGCGUGAAGGGGCUUCUCCUGAAAACGUCAAGUUGAAGGAAGAGAAGCCCGAGGUGUUGCCAGAGGUUUCUGCACCCUCUCCUGGCCCGGAGAUCCAGAAGUGCCCCAAAAGCGAGCAGGCCAAAGCCAAGAGCAAGAAGAAGCCGAGCAGGUGCGCGAGCAGCAGCCUGCUGAUGGGCAACUGUCGGCGCGGCUACGUGCGCGAGUGGUCGCACCCUUGCACCGAGUGCGGGAAGCGUUUCCGUCUGAAAAUCAACCUCAUCAUCCACCAGCGGAGCCACGCCAAAGAGGGGCCCUACGAAUGCACGAUGUGCGAGAUCAGCUUUGCGGACAAACGCCACCUGGACCUUCACCAGAGCAUCCACAUAAAAGACAGGGCCUUUGGGGCCAAGGUCUGGGGGAACGUCCACCCAGAGCUGAGGAUCCGGCCGAGGAGGAAGUUCUGCGGGCCUUUCUGUGGAGGUGCCCACAGCCCGGGCAAAGGGACGUACGCUGGGGGAACCUGGCUGGGCCAGCCCAAGGAGGAGCUGGACCGAGGGAGCCUGUCCAGCGCGUGUUUCUCCCGAAAGCAGAGUCCUAAGUCUCGUAGGAAGUCCGUGCUGAAAUGCAGUCUUUGCAAAAAGAGUCUCUCUUGCACCUUUUCCCUUCAGCGGCACCUGCAAACCCACACGCAGGACAGGCCGUAUUGCUGCGCCGCCUGCAAGAAAUGCUUCACCCGCAAAACUCACCUCUUGCGCCACGAGAAAAUACACGACCGCCAGAAAGCCCUGGCUGCACUCCAACAGCCCGCGACGGCCCAGCCCGCGACCGUCGCGCCAGCGCCCCGGCAGCCCCAGCCGCAAGGAGCCCCGGAGGCACCCGCGGGCGGGAGCGUUCCUCACUCACCAGCCCAGGCAUCCGAGAGAAACGUUAGCCCUGCGGCCACCGCAGCCAAAGCGGUUCCAGCAAACGUGCUCCUCAUCGGUCCUGCAGAACUCGGACCCCCAGACAAGAAGUGCCACAUCGACAGCUGGGGUGGGAGAGCCAGCCAGCCUGUGGUUAGACUAGGAAAUAGGGCAGCAGUUUCGGGGGUGACGGAGAAAUGACAACAGGAGAGAUCCGAACUGCUGGUGUCCCUGGAGAGAAACUUGUCUGAGCAUUGAUUUUGCACAUGGUGGGGUUGUGAACCAUCUGUCCGCUGGAUUUUAGGAGCUUUCCUGAAUUGUCGAAGGAAUCAAAAGCUUGGAUACCACUACAGAAAGCAAAUUAGAGAAGCCUCCAGUGAUCCAAAAUGCUUUACCAUUCCUCAGACUCUCGUGUCUGCUGGCUGAUGCGUACAGUUUUCCCAAGCUGACCUUCCUGGGAGAUUACCAGGUAUGUCUCCUGCAGCCCAGUGAGAGGAAUUGCAAACAGCAGCUGAGCUCACUCAUUACUCGAUGCUGGAGCUGACCCCUUGCAUUUGGAGAUACACGGUGAAGAGGACGGAGAGAAGGGAAUCAAGCUGGCGAGCCAGGCGGGAUUCCCAAGGAGCUCUUCACUUCACUGACAAAGUUUGUUGACCAAGACACUGGAUGAAGAGAGCAUGGCAUCUCUGAGACCCCAUCGCGUCCUGGCCAGGCUUGUCUAAUAACCCACCGUGGUGAGGAAAUCUGCUGACCCCUCGAUCAGGUGGGGAACACCUGAGCGUUGCGUUGGAAGAUACGUGGAACAAAUCAAACAACAAUAUUUUCUGCUUGCGAGGGUGCUGCGGCCGUUUGAGGUCCCAGCGGCACUCCUUCCUUCAACAAGGCCAGCUCACGAGAGCCAGAAACACCCGCGAGAGUUAAUUCCCUCAGGACCAGCCUGCACAGAUGGAGAGUCACUUUAGAAAUACUUGACGGGUAAAAUUACCGCUGCGCUGCAGCAGCAGUC